AAAGAAAGAAUUGUCAAAUGAGAAUGACGUGUGUCAAAACUGUCAAAAACUUUGCGUUUAAAGCUUUUGACCGUGUUUUUGUAUGUUGAAUAUUUUAAAAUUAAAUCUUAUAAAAUUUUAUUAAGUUAUGAGCAACUUUUUUUCAUUUGUACAAAUUUUAUAAAAUGGUAAAAUUAUAUUGCUUAAGUAUUUUAUACAAAGGACCGACUAAUGCUACUUGGUUAAAAUCGGCAUAUGAAUUGCAAAGUUUUAGUUUUUUUCAACGAGGUAGUGUGCAAGAGUUUAUGUCAUUUUUUUGUAAAACAAUAGUGGAACGAACAAUACCAGCUUCACGUCAGUCUGUUAAGGAAGGAGAGUAUAUGUGUCAUGUUUAUGUACGAGCAGAUAAUUUGGCAGGUGUAGUUAUAUCGGAUCAUGAGUACCCAUCAAGAGUUUCCCAUACUCUUAUUACUAAAAUUUUAGAUGAGUUUAGUGAGAAGAUACCAAAAGCAAAUUGGCCAACUAUUCAAGAAAGAGAUGUGGCAUUUCCUCAGCUACACACAUACCUUACGAAAUACCAGAAUCCUAGAGAAGCUGAUGCUAUGACUAAAAUACAAGAAGAUCUUGACGAAACAAAAAUUAUUUUGCAUAAUACAAUACAAGCAGUGCUAGAAAGAGGAGAAAAAUUGGACGACUUGGUUUCAAAAUCAGAAGGAUUAAGUAUUCAGUCAAAGGCGUUUUAUAAAACAGCAAGGAAAACAAAUAGUUGUUGCUCAUUUAGUUAAAUAAUGACAUUCCUUUAAUAUUACUAUUUUAUUUUAGCCAAAAAGUUGUAACGUUAAUGUAUGUAAUUUAUGCAGGGGUAAACCGUCAUGUAUUGGAAUUAUGAGCUUCGUGUAUUUAUAUGCCAUGCCAAAACAUAUUGUAAAUUAGUGUCUCUGAUUUUAUCUAACAUAAUUUAUAUAAGAUUUCCGUAAAUUGAAUUAAUUCAUUUACAGUAUACUGAAAAUUUAAAACAAAUUAUAAA